UCAAUUCUGCAAGUGGUUCUAAUUUACUAUCGCUGUUCUCUAGCUGGUCUAAAACCGCUUUUGACCUAAAGUGACGGUUUUUGGAUGCCAUGGACAUUUAUCAGUUUCCAGGCAAUAAGAACAGUAAAAAUGCAGGCAGGGCACAGGACAAAGCACUAGGGACACAAUGCAUGUGAAAUUGUUUGACACAUGAAUGUCACUUUUUGUCAUUUUUUAAUUUCCUGCCGUUCCGUCUCCGUACAUCCCGACGUCGCAGGAGACGGAACCCAGAUGACAGAUGCCGGCAUCCGCUGGAUUACAUUGCCAGGGACACAGCCGGAGGGACAU